AGAUAAAACAUCAAAUCGUGUCGCCCAAUCAGAUUUGUCCAGGUUUUGUUUUCCAAAUUGUCAACGCAAACUAUACAUUUUCAAGCCAAAUAAGCAUUACGUGUGUCAAUUUUGAAUGCACACAUAUAUACAAUUUAUUCGACCAAAAAAAAAAAUUGAGUUAUUGAAGCGCUAUUUAAUAUUGUACACGCAUCGAAUAUAAAGCAUCAUCAUCGUCAGUGUCCACUAUACACCGCGCUUAUUUAAUGCACACUAGCUUGAGUGAAAUUCUUUUUCGUUUUCUAAUUUCUUUUUUGUUCUGUUCGGUUCCGUGUGCAGAAAAAAAACAGUGAAAUAAAAUUUUCAAUUUUUUUUUUGUUAGACGAAAAUUCAUUUGACAAUUUGUCAUUUCGUUUCGUUUGAAUCCAUUUAAGAAAUAAAAGUAGUUAACAUAAUAAAUUAUUUAGUAAAAAUGAUGAAACAAUACAUUUUUGGCAUUGUUGUGCUGUCACUGAUUUGUGUCAGCGUUGCCCUCAAAGAAGAAGACUGUGAAGUUUGCGUAGCUACAAUUAAAGAAUUCUCCGAAACACUGUCAGAUGACAUCAAAUCAGAUCCCAAGCAAAUCGAAGAAGCAUUCAGAGAAUACUGUAAAACAGCCAAAUCAAAACAACAAAGACUUUGUUACUACUUGGGCGGUUUGGAAACAUCAGCAACCGGAAUCUUAGGUGAAAUGUCCAAACCAUUGAGUUGGUCGAUGCCACCAGUUAAAGUUUGUGAAAAACUAAAGAAAAAAGAUGCUCAAGUUUGUGAUUUACGUUUCGAGAAACAAAUCGAUUUGGAGGCAGUGGAUCUGAAGAAGCUCAAGGUUCGCGAUCUCAAGAAGAUUCUCAACGAUUGGGACGAAACUUGCGAUGUUUGUCUCGAGAAGUCAGACUUUAUUCGCCGAAUAGAAGAAUUGAAACCAAAAUACUAUAAAGAACAGAAGAAAGAAGAAUUGUAGAACAAUUCACUUCUUUUUUUUCAAUAUGGAUGUAUUUGAGCAAUAUAUUUCUUAUAUUGUUCAGUGCGUCGGUAAAUCUUUCCAAACAAACAUUAACGCAAUAAAUAAAUUCUAAUUUCCAUCAAUAAA